GACAGUUUCUCAAACAUACUUCCGUCACACUUUACGGCAGUGUAUGUUGCUUGCAGCCAGGCAGGUGUAAGACGGCAAUGCGCAUUGGACUGCCCGGUGCAGAGACACUACAAGGUGGAUCCUUAAAAGCUUGGAUUUUGACAGUCCUCCUGAGUGCGUUUAUGUUCCAGCUGCUGAGGACUGUUGGACUGAGGGCGUUCUCCAUGGCAUCUGAGACCUACACGUCGGGCACACACUCCGCUGCCUUCGUCACCUGUCCUAACGACACGGUGGCUAAAGAGUUGGCCAGGGGUAUUGUGCAGAAGAAGCUGGCUGCCUGUGUCAACAUCGUUCCAGCGAUCACAUCUGUAUAUGAAUGGCAGGGGAAGAUUGAGGAGGACAGUGAGGUGCUGCUGAUGAUUAAAACAAGAAGUUCCAAAGUGCCUGCUCUAGCUGAAUAUGUCCGUUCUAACCAUCCUUACGAGGUAGCCGAGGUCAUCAGCCUUCCCAUCGACCAGGGGAACCCGCCUUACCUCAAGUGGAUAGGAGAAGUUGUCCCUGAAUAAAGAUGGACUGAUGGAUGAGUGAAUGAAUUAAUGGAUGGAUGGAUGGAUGGAUAUGCAAACCAAUCUAAACAAAUGUGAAAUUACACAUACUGUACCCUAUUUUCGAUGCUUGGACACACUCUGGCCACUACUAUCCAAAUUGGUAAUGUUGUUACAAACUAAGGCUUACAAGACAAGACAGGGCUCAUCAUGUGAGUUUUUAAGUGACAUAUUGGGUGUUCUGAAGUGAUUUAAACCGUUAUGUUCUCUAAAAUUUUCCAUCAUUUGAGGCUUGUAAGUGGGUGAUAUUUUCCCCUCUAGAGGGCAGCAUUGUUCCUUUAUAUUCAAAGUUAACCAAGACUGUGCUACAACUUGUGAGUUGCUUGAAUAAAGAACCAUUUUGCAAUAAA